AUGGCCCGCGAGAAAGACAGAUCCCCCUCCCUCGACAUACAGGUCAACUCCGACCUCCUCGUCCUCAAGGGCACCGGCGUCGAUGUUGCCCCCACCCUCCUCUCCGGCAACCUCGUCCUCCACCUCGCAGAGGCCACCUCCAUCAAGGAGAUCACCCUCUCCUUCAGGGGCAAGGCCCGCCUUCCCCCCUCCGCCAGUGAACCCCUCAUGCUCAACAGCUCCGCCAUGACCUACCUCGUCUGCAACCACGAGUGGUCCUUCCUCGAGGGCGAGAAAAAACACAGCCACACUCUCAAGCCCGGCCGCCAUCUCUUCCCCUUCCAGCUCCAGAUCGGCGGCUCCCUCCCCUCGUCCCUCGCCACCCCCGUCCUCGGCGGCGCGUCCGUCGCCUACAAGCUCCGCGCACUCGCCACCCGCCCCGGCCUCGCACCCAACCUCCAGGCCCAGAUCCCCAUCGCCCUCACCCGCUCCUUUGCCCCCGAGGCCCUCGAGUACCAGCAGACCCUCGAGAUCGAGAACACCUGGCCCGACAAGCUCAUGUACUCCAUCAUGAUCCCCCACAAGGCCUGGGCCGCCGGCGACACCCUCACCGCCGUCGUCAAGUUCGCCCCCCUCGCAAAGGGCGCCCGCGUCCUCUCCGUCAUCACCACCCUCAACGAGACCGUCAAGCUCUACGCCCGCGCGGGCUGGCAGGAGACCACCCGCCCCGCCCUCUCCGCCAAGCACGAGAUCGUCGCCGGCAGGGCCGUC